UACCCAGGUAAUUACCACGAUGGCAUCUCGCGGCUCAAAGAUCGCUCUCGCCGGCACAUCCCUCUUCGCCGUGACGACCAUCGUCUUUGUGCAUUUCCAGCAAAAGGCCGAGAAAUCUGCCAUGCACCAAGGUGUCGUCCGCGACAUGGAACAACAGCGCGUCAAGCGGGAGCGCCAGCUCGAUUUUGAGCUGCAGAAGCAGCUAGAAGCCGAGUACAAGCAGGAGCAGACCGUGCGGGCCUCUUCCGGUGCCGUUUUUGACAGUGUGAAAAAAAUAGAAUGAUUUGGAGAGAAACCAAGAAGAAAGCAAAAAUCAAGAGCUGGCCCGGCUGAGGCCUUUCCCCAAGCGAGAGCGGAAGGGAAGGGAAGGCGUCACAGGGCCAGCAGGCUCACGCCAAGAUCUAUCAAUGGUUCGAGGUGAUGGUGCUGCCACAUUAAAAAGAGAAGAAAUCUAUCUUCCAAGGGACAUAUUCUACGCAUGAGGGUGUGGCUAAGAAGCUGUCACCGAAUUGCUUGGCCGGAUGAAAGGACUCCGCUGCGUUACGCAAACGCUGCGCAUGACGAGCACGCCCUGAUGCAGAUCGCACGCUACUUAGAUAAAUAAAUAUAAAUCAGGCCGAGGUUCCAAUG